AUGGUCAUCGCUUCCCAGAUCGGUCGAAUUGCUGCCGGCUCUGCCGCCGCCGCCGGUACCUUCGUCAUGGCUAACAAGGCCAAGGCUGAGGAGCCCGUCGCCGCUCUUGAUAGCUACCCACCAAAUGGCCUUUCUGCUGGUGUUAAGACUCUCCCUGCCUGGAUCCAGAAAGGCUGUGGAAGCACCGAGUACAUCUGCCCGGAGCGCGGGGCCACCUUCUCUGCUGACAACCCACCCGCUAAGCUUCCUGAUCUCUCUCACCACAAUUCUUUCUUCGCCGAAACUAUGCGAGCCAACCCCAAGCUUUGGGACGAGCUCAAGAACAAGACCACUUCCCUUGGUGUCAAGUUCUCCCACUGCAUCAAGACCGGUGUUGACAACAAGGGUCACCCCAUGAUCAAGACCGUCGGAGCCGUUGCUGGUGAUGAGGAAUCUUACAAGCUUUUCGCCCCCUUCUUCGACCCCGUCAUCAGCGCCCGCCACAACGGCUACGCUGCCGACGCCGUCCACCCCACCGACUUGGACGUCCGAAAGCUCUCCAAGACUCCCGUCGAUCCCACUGGCAAGUACGUCCUCACUUCUCGAUGCCGAACUGGCCGAUCUGUCCGAGGCACUCGACUUCCUCCCUGCACUACCUUCCAGGAGCGACGAGAAGUCGAGCGAGUCGUCGUCAAGUCUCUUCUUUCUAUGACUGGCGAUCUUGCUGGUGACUACUUCCCCCUUGCUGGUUCUCGAUCCUACGCUCCCAAGCCAAACGGCAUGACCCACGAGAAGGAAGAAGCCCUCCGAUCCGCUGGAAACCUCUUCCAGGAGCCCGACUCCACCCUCCUCCUCUCUUCCGGCUGCGGCCGACACUGGCCUGAUGCCCGAGGUAUCUUCCACAACAACGACCAGAACCUCUUCGUCUGGGUCAACGAAGAAGAUCAGAUGCGAAUCGUCUCCAUGGAGAAGGGCGACAACGUCAAGCGAAUCAUCGAGCGAUUCGCCAAGGCCACCACUGAGAUUCAGAAGUGCUUGAAGAACGAGGGCUACGACUUCAUGCACUCCGAGCAUUUGGGAUGGAUCCUUACUUGCCCAUCCAACCUUGGAACUGGUCUCCGAGCCGGCGCCAUGGUCAAGGUCCCACACUUCUCUUCCCGACCUGAUUUCAAGAAGGUUCUCGGCCGAAUGGGUCUCCAGGCCCGAGGUACCGCUGGUGUCGACUCCGCCUCCACUGGCGGCACCUGGGACAUCUCCAACGCUGAUCGACUUGGCAAGUCCGAAAUCGAGCUCGUCAACAUCUUCAUCGAAGGUGUCUCCCAGAUCAUCCGAUGGGAACAGGCCCUCGAGCAGGGACAGAACAUCGACGCUGAAGUCGCUGCUAUCGGUCUCCCCAAGACUGUCACCAUUGAGGUUCCAUUCUCUUCCACCCGAGGCAUGAAGCUCGACUAA